AAACCUAAAAAUAGAUAACACAACAAAAAUGCAGCCGGAAAAAUAAAAACUACUAUGGUAUUAUUAGCAUGUAAACGAUUUUAAGAAUAUAUUAAUACAUCAUAUUUAAUAAUCUAUUAAUUUACAAAUAUUAUAAACCUAAUGGAUUUAGAUUAUCUCCGGCGCACGCUUUCUUUAGAAGAUUUGCAUAUAUCAAUAAAUCAUUUAAAAAAAAACAAAAUAAUCGUUUUACUAUAUUCUAUUAAUUUCCUAAAUGUUUGUCUCUAAAAUACAUUGUAUAUAUAAAUAUACAUUAUUACACAAUGCUGUUGAUGUGAAGGGCGUGUAUGAACAGAACAGAACAGAGCUUCUUUGUCAAGUUGUGAACAAGACUCUAAACUGUUUGUCCCUUCAAAGCAAGAUCCGAAAGAUCAACGACCACCAUCAUCGUCACAAAAAAAAAAUGUUUGAUCCUUCUUCGAAAUCGUUCAAUACCCAUUUGAUAUUCCCCAGAGCCUUCGAUGAUCAUCCAGAUUCAGGCGUCUGCUCGCCUCCUCUGUGGAGAACCAGCCCACCCAAGAGCCCUCAAGCCAAUCACCAGAACCUCUCUCCUGUUUCCAAGGCUCAGGUCAUCGCUCGUGGUCAACGAGAGCUCAUGGAGAUGGUUAGCAAGAUGCCCGAGUCGUGCUACGAGCUCUCCUUGAAGGAUCUCGUUGAGGUGAACACAGAGGAAGAGGAGAAAGAUCGGAAAGUGUUCGAUGAAAUGCCUCAGAGGAGAAAGAUGCAGAGUAAAGUCGUGAGGAAGUCAAAGAGCGAUAGAUGGGUGGAUCCGGUAAGAAACAGGGGAGUGAAUAACAGUGGGUUUCUUCUGAAUUUAGGGUUUCCUGUUAGCUUGGGCGCCAAGAAAAAGACCAAGAAGAAGGAUGAUGAUGAUGGUUCUGUGACAAGCAGAGGCUCUUGGGUUUCUCCCAGGCCUUCCAUCUCAGAGGAUAAAGAUUGGUGGAAGUCAGAAUCGAGUAGGAGUCAGAGAGAAGUCUCGAGGAUCAACAGUGGUGGCUCAAAGAGCAGUGUUGGUAGUAGUAGCAGAAGCAAUAGCGAUCGAAGCAGAAGCAAUAGGGAUCGAAGCAGAAGCAGUCUAAGGGAUAAAAACAAAGGAUGCUUAUCUUUCCUCUGGAAUGUAAAUCUACGAGAUUGAAACGAAAUGUUCUUCGUUGGUUUAUACACUUCUUUGACCAAGAAGAUUACUGAUUGCUUUAACCUGAGCUGGAUUUAGUGCGUUCUGUAAAUCCAUGGACGAAGGAAUCCAGGAAUGAUGAAGAUGGAAGCAGAGGACAUGACAUCUUCUUCAUUGUACAACCAAAGAUUAUAUCCCUUUCUACUUCUUGUAGUUCUUUAUAUAAUUUUGAGUUUAUUUGUAAUGUAUUUAUAGAGCAUAUGAUGAUGAUCUUAUUAUAUAUAGAUAUUUACUAGCUUUUGCUAAACGGAUAAAAUAAAUAUAUCAAUUUACUCUAAGCUUUUGCCAAACGGAUAAAAAUAAAUAUAUAUCAAAACCUUACGGUUUUGCUUUUGGUAUAAAACUAAAUCAAUGUCAAUAAUCUUUGCCUUCGCUUCAAGUUCAAGAAGAGUGAAGUUUUUUCUUUUUUUGUGUUUAUGCUCUUGUUGGUUGAUGAUAGAGGUUGGUGAUUGGUGGGUUCUUCUUUGUGGACUUGUGUAAAACAGUUUUGGCAUGGACAAAAAAUCCGAGAUCCAAACCGGAAAACAAUUCGUAAUCGAUCUGAGCUGUAAAAAAUCUGAAUAGAUCCUGUAUGGUGUGGUAUAAAUUAUAAAAUAUAUAGAAUCUGUAGUUAAAAUAUGAGCAAAUGAUUCUAAUAGAUAGUUAAAAUACUAAAUUUCAUGUUUGGAACCAAGAUGGAUACAUAGUCCAAACUCCAAGUAUUAUUAAUCGAACUCAACCUCAAACAAAUAAAACCCGAAUGAGGCUUAAAAGACAGAACUUGAAAAACCUUGAACCAAACACGUUUCGUUUUAUGUUUUUUUAUUGCGGUUCGGAAACGCGAUUUGGGAUUUGAUUGUGUUACAUCCGAAAGUGUCUUACGUUGGAGUGUUUAGGAUUAGGAAAAUUACUAUUUAUAUGAUAAGUAUAUAUUCUUAAAGUAAAAAGAAAUUGGGUUUUGAGGUACUAAAAUGUAAAAUUAUUCAUGCACAUAAUAAUAUAUAAACCCUAAACGGAUAUUUAUCUCAAUGGUUUUUGUUUUGUUUGCUUUUUUCGAGUUUGAUUCGCGUUUGUUCAUGACAUAUUGAUAUAAGAUAUUAUAAAAUGGCAAAUGAUGCGGCAGCAUGGGCAGAAAGAGCUACAAAUGAUAUGUUGACUGAUCCAGACUGGGAUAGUAACAUUGAACUAUGUGAUAUCAACAUGAAUCCUAGGUUUUAGAAAAAUCCUACUAGUCACGAUUGUCUCGCUAGUUUCAGUUUUUUUUUAUGGGUGGAAGUGUUAAUAAUAAAUUUGACUUUGUUCACUUCCUUUAGUCAAGCAAAAGAAGCAAUGAUGGUGCUGAAGAAGCAGUUAGGAAAUACAAACCCUAAAGUCCAGAUUCUUGCACUUCAUGUAAGUAUUCUUGGAUUGAAUUAUUUGUUUUGGGUUCAUGUAUGUGUUGACCUCAUUUUUUUGGAUGAUACUUGCUGCAGGCGUUGGAGUCUUUAAGUAAGAAUUGUGGCGAGAACGUGUACCAGCUUAUCGUUGACUAUGAUAUUUUGAUUGACAUGGUCAAAAUAGUGAAGGAAAAGGUUUUUCUCUUUCUGUUUCUUGCGCUAUACUUCAACUGCCUUUAAUAUCUAUGGUAACUUGGGAUGUAAGUUUCCAAAUUAUAAUAAUGCAGCCUGACCUAAAUGUGAGGGAGAAGGUACUAAGUUUGCUAGACAUGUGGCAAGAAGCUUUUGGUGGACGUGGUGGUCAAUACUCACAAUACUACAAUGCGUAUAAUGAACUAAGGGUAUGUUAUCUUUUUACAUGAUUUAUGACAAUUUAUUUUGCAAUAAGUUUGUUGACAAAUACAUGGUUUAGUAUGCUGGAAUUGAGUUUCCACCUCGAACGCAAAGUAGUCCACCGUUGUUGCCUCCACCUCAGACUCAGCCCGUUCCAUCAGAAGAAGAUGUUGCUAUUCAAGCGUUGCUGCUAGGAGAUGAUGUUUCUAGCCUCAGGUACUCUCUUCUAAGUUGAUCAUGUUCUGUAUCGAUUGGGUUUUGUAAGGGUGAAAUGUUGUUUAUUUAUGUUUUAUUCGUUAAAAGCAUGGAAGAGAUUCUAAGGGCUGAGGGAUGCUUGGAGCACUUGAUCCCGGUAAGCCCGAGGUAAGGAUUUGGUUGUUCUGUUCAUGCAAGGAACUGAUUCUUGUCUUCCAUGUAAUGAAGAUUAAGGGUUUGUAUCUUCUUGAUGUUGUUAGGGUUUGAAAGUAGAUUUCAUAGUUGACUUAGUUGAGCAGUGUCGUACUUAUCAAAGACGUGUAAUGACUCUUGUGAACACUACAACGUGAGAUUUCUUGCUUCGUUCCCUGCUGUGAUGAUGGGUUUUAGUAAACAGUUUUCGUUUUCUUUUCUCCAGAGACGAGGAGCUUAUGUGCCAGGGACUGGCACUGAACGAUAAUUUGCAAUGUGUUCUACAGCAUCACGAUGAUAGGGGCUCUAGAGGCAGCAUGACAACUCCUCCAGUUCAGCUAGUCAACAACAAUCAUGAUGAUGACAGUGACGAAUCAGAUGAUUACUUUCAGCUUUCUCACAGGUAAGAGUAGUGUUCCUAUUUGGAGAGAGAUGAUCUCUUGACACUAAUUUAAAAAACGAUCUUUUAACUUUGCGAAUUAAUUUACUCUCUACAAGGUCUAAUAGAAACCUCGAUGCUUCCUCCUCCACCACCACCACCUAUGAGACCAGUACAUGAGACUGAUUCAUUCAAGCAUGGUGGAUGAUGUCUAUAAACCCCAAGGCUCCUUACAAGGAAUAAAGCGUCCUCGUCCUCCUGCUGCUUUAGAUUAAAUUAUUGUGUCUCUAUUUUGUAAUCCUUUAUUAUACCUCAUUUUUCACCUUUCACUUCACAUACAAGUUCUUAUUUUGAGUGUCAAUUUUAACUUAUUUUAUUAUUCUACAUAGUGGUUGCUUAUCUUCAACAUGAACAUAUCACAUAUGAUAAUCAUAAUUCAUCAAAUCAAUUGUGACAUCUGUUAUUAGUUUAGAUAAUGAUAUAUCUUAAAUUAGUAAUAAAAAAUUAAAACAUUUAUUUUUAUCAAAUUGAUAUUGAAACGUUUGCAAUGUGUUACAGUUAUUCUGCAAAAUAAAAUCAUUAGUAAAUAGUCUUUAAGAUCAUACUCUUACCCUCGUUCUCUAUCGAUGAAAUGAUCGAAAAUCAACAUUUCUUAUGCAUAAUUUGGUUUCAUGGGAAAUAUUCAUUUACUUCUUGAGGAUUGUUCUCUUUUGAUCGAACUGACAUGCUGUGUCAAUGAUCUACCAACCACCACCAUCUCAACUACUUCUCGCCCAUACUCUUAAUAACUAUCUCUUUGGUACGAAUUGAACAUGUUGUGUCGAUGAUCUACCCCAGGCCAUCACCCGUUGUUGUUUUCACCUAUUGUUUUAAUAAUUGUCUCUAGUUUCAUAGAGUCAGUCUUAUCAUUUAUUGUCUAAGUUUUUCAGAAUAUCACAGUUUUUUUUCUUUACCUAUACAAAUAUAGUAAAUCUUUACCCUUUAAGAAACUAGUUAACACUGAUUUAAAGACAGUUCAAAUUAAUUAAACUUAUCUUCCAGAAAUCUCAACUUAUUUUGUUUAAGUACUUAAACUGUAAGAAGCACAAAAUCUGUAGAAAACAUACUAAUAUGAAAGUUCAAAACUUACAACCAUAAACAGUAUGGGUAAGGAAAUUAAGAAAAAGACCAUACGGCAGUACCAAAGUGAUGGGUUCUAGUAACUAUUAUAUCCAAUCCCGUUAGCCUAUGUAUUAGGAUUUCUUACAAGAGUGAUGUCUUAUAAAUAUUCUGUGUAAUGUGAAUGAUGAGACUAACUUUGGCUGCGUUUUAGCAGUCUCUCUUUCUCAUAUUUACAAUCAAUAACUCUUGAAAUCUACAGCUUCUUUGCUUUCUUGUAUUUUGCAUAAUUAAGCUCUAUCAUGAGCUAUAUAUUUCUAGUUUAAUAAACUCAUUUGAGCAUACAUCUGUCUUGUAAUGAAACUCCUUCAGUAACUCCCCAUGCAUGCGCAUUUGUAUAUAAUUGCAUCAAUACUACUGCAUGCUACUGGUGAAUCCGGGUAUUCCUGCAAAUAUCUAAAGGGGUUUGAAGGGAAUCUCUACCUUCAAUACGGCUGCAAAGACAUCGAUGAAUGCAAAAAUGAGUUUUCGUUCUUGUGGGAAGCAUAAACCUGUAAGAACGUUAUUGGAUCUUUCCGGUGCAAGAAAAAGUAACAGAGUGGAAGACAAUCAUUCUUGGUAAGUUCUUACAGGUUUGGUGCUUCCCACAAGAACGAAAACUCAUUUGGAGCUCAAACUCAAGCUCUGGAAACCAGCCAAAGUAAGAGAAGGGUGGAAUUCUUCUUAGUACAAAGACCUCUAGACUCUGGUGUACAAUCAUCGAAUGCAUCUGCCAAGAUCUUCAAUGAGAAAGAGAUCAAUUUAGAAUAUGAUUAUGGAACAAUGCCCGUUUUGAGCUUAAGCACAAAAGUAUGGAUUUAGGAACCGUAACUAUAGUGACAAAAAAAAAAAAAAAAAAAA